AAGCAACUUAAUUAUUGAAGAAUUGAAAAUGAUAUUUUUAUAUUUAUUUUAGCAAUAUUUUGUGUAAGUUUAGGAAAAGAAUUAUUGUACUUAUUAUAUUUUAGAAUGGGAUUAUUUUAUUGUGACUUAAAUGUUAAUUAAUCAUUUUCUUCUCUUACUUAGAUACUGCUUGUGUCAUUAUUGGUACCCAUGAACCUCGGGUUGUCACAGUCAAAGGACAGGGUAAAGUCAUUCGUGAGUAUGCUGCCAUUGAUACAGAGCUGGAAACGUUUGUGGUGACAUUUUGGGAAACUUCUGUAUCCGAUGAGAUCUAUGCUAAAUUGGAACCUAUUUCGAAUAGGACACCGUUGCUGUUGUUGAAUUUUUCAGUCGUGCCAUAUUACGGAUUGAGUCUGACCACCAAUGCUCAGUCAAUUGUCUUGGAUAGCUCUGAGAAUGAAAUGCUAAUUGAACUAGAGAUAUGGAAGCAAGAGAAUGAAGAGGCCAUCAACAUGUUAGUACAAACUGGUGGUUUUUUUGAAAAGAAAGUGUUGCGCUCACCUAAGCAACCCCUGCAGAUUACUAAAGUGGAACAAAUGUUGCAGAAUCAAGAGAAUACAUACUUUAAUGUAAAAGUUAAAGCAAGAUUGGAAAAUGAAUACCAAGACUACUUUUACAUUGGUUGUCCAAUAUGUUCCACAAAGACAGUUGCCUCAUAUGGUACAGAGUUCAUGUGUUACUCAACUCCAUGCAAGAAUAUGAGAAUAGCCAAUCGGAGCUUCAGAUUUAGUCUCAUGGUCUUUGAUGCGUCUGGACAAGUGGAAGUCACUUUUUUGGGGAAAGAAGCUCAGAAACUUCUUGGCCUAGAUCCUUCUGAGUUUUAUGAAAAACAAAAUCAAGGACCCAUAACGCAGAUGGAUUUUCUUAGGCAACGCCUAUGCAAUAUUGUCUUACUCUUAAAGAUAAAAAGUCGAAUAUUUAAAGAUGUUUGUACUUUCACUGCGGAUGCUAUUGAGAUUUUACAAGAUGAUGGUGCAAUACCAUCUGAGAAAAUUAGCAUUGAACCUGAAGUUCAUCUGGAGCAAGGGCUGCUAAAAAGUGCGACGAGACAAUUGGUUUUUCAUGAUUCAUUAGAUAAUGAUAAAGUCAUUCGAGCAAAGAUUGCUGCCAAAGCUAAAGGCAAGGGGAAAGUGUCCCAAGAAAGCCAUAUUGAACAUAUCAAAGAUACAAUUGGAAGCUCAUUUAAAGAUAGUCUUUCUUCUGAUGAUGAUAAACCAAUAUCAGAAAUCUUCAGGGGUAAAAAGAAAAUUUGCUCUAUUGUUUUGUCUGAAGAUUCAAGCAAUGAUAGUCUGAAUUGUGUAGUGGAAUCGGUUGAAAGAGGUAACAUUGGGAAAAUCAAAAGAAGAUUUGUUAGCAAAAGGAAAAAAGUUGUGCACUUAGAUCUUUCUGAAGAUUCAGAUGAUGUUGAUACACCUGAGAAUUUUGAUGAUGCACAUUUGGAUAUGCCUCUAUCAGGUAAUAGUUAGACAUGAUAGAUAGUAUUUUAAAUCUUCUAGAAUUUAUUAAUCGAG